AUGGAUCUGGUUGAGAUAAUUAAACCGCCAAAUUUGAUUCUAAUCAAAUAUGACCCUUUCAAAAUAUAUAACAACGCUAAUUAUUUAAAAUUAAAAGAACACGAAAUAAGACAGCUUAAUGAAAUCAGACAUGGAAGAACAAAGAAGAACAAAAAUGCACAGGAAACAGUAAAUUAUAAUUCAGCUAAUGAUUAUUAUGAUAAGAAGAAUAUUUUGGGAAGCAUAAACAAUAACAAGGGGGAAGAAAGUGAAAGAGAAAAAGAUGCUACUUGUGAUUCCAUUAUUACUGAUACAAUUACGUCAUUUAGGAAUGAAAGACUAAGAUCUUCCAACUACCACACUUUCGUACCACAGUAUACAUUUAAUGAAAUUAAGCCAAAUGAAAAAGAUUAUUUAGUAUAUAAGGAAAUCAAACGUAUUUCUCAAAACAAACAUUUGAAUUUCAUAGAUCAACUUCGUAAUACUAAUACUAAUAAUACUACUAAUAAUAAUAAUAAUAAUAAUAAUAAUAAUAAUACAAAAAUACGACAACCAUCUAUCAACAAAAAUCAAAAUAUACAAAUAUGUUUCCAAAACAAAUUGAUUGAAAGUUGGUAUAAAUCACCAUAUCCGUUGAAAUCCUAUAAUUAUCCUGAGAACGGGCCUGAAGGAGAAAAGCCUAUAUUAUAUAUAUGUGAUUAUUGUUUUCAUUACACCUUGGAUAAAUUCAAAUAUUAUAGGCAUGAGUGUAAAUGCUCAACUCCCAGUGGUAAACUAAUAUACAACGAUUCCCAGGACCAAAGCCAAAUCCGGAUCUAUGAAUUAGAUGGAUUAGAUGACCUAAAUGUUUCGAGGAACUUGUGUUUAUUUUCAAAACUUUUCUUAAAUUCUAAAACUUUAUAUUAUGAUGUUGAACCAUUUUUGUUCUACUUAGUGUUUCACAGAGAAUUGGAAGGUCGAUGGAACUUUAUUGGUUAUUUUAGUAAAGAAAAAAUAAGCGAUAACAAUCUUUCGUGUAUUUUGACCAAUCCGAUAUAUCAAAAUCAUAAUUGGGGACAAUUUAUGAUUAAUUUUUCAUAUAUCUUGAACACCAUAGAUUACAAUAAAUUGGGGACUCCUGAAAAACCUUUAAGCGACCUGGGACUUUUAUCAUAUAGAAAAUUUUGGAGGUUCCAAAUGUUGUUUAUUAUGCAGCAGCUUUUGUUAUUAAGUAGAAAUAUUUCGUUCAAAACAACAAGUAAUUAUUUGGUUUUAACUUUAAAGUCACUAGCUACUUUAAGUGGAAUGACCACGACUGAUGUAAUUUUUGGUUUGGAACAAUUGGGAGUUUUAUACAAAGAAAGAGAUACUAGAUGCUCGCAAAACAAAAACAGUGGUAGUUCUGUGGAUAGCAAUAAGUCUGGAAAAUACUGUAUAAUAUGUGAUGUGGGAAAACUUGAGGUUUUACUUAAUGAUAGAAAAUAUUUACAAUGGUUGGAAUCUACCAAGUACAAAUUUAAAAUGGAUAGGUUAGUGUGGAAACCACCAUUAUUUGGACCAUCUGGUGGUAUAAAUACACAGGUUUCCGUGCCAGAUAUGACAGCAGCGGGUAAUAUUAACAGGUAUAAUAAUGAGUAUUUGAUGGGAGUUAUGAGCGAUCGAUCUAACUAUUUACAAAAAAUCAAUCAGACAUUGUCAGGGAUUAUUGAAUGUACCAGUGCUAAUAAUCUGGAGGUUAAUAGUUGCUUUGAUUUAACGAGAUGGGAGCCCUGUAAAGUGGAGUAUUUUCAAGAUUGCGAUAUGGCGUUGUUGAUACCUAGUGAUAAUGGCAUUGAUAUUAAACAAACAACAAAAAAACAAACACUUAAAAAAAAUAAUGAUGAGGCCGAUCCUGUCGCAAAUUUAUCUGUAUUAAAUAAUAAUUCUGCCUCAGAGGAUGGUGAGUUUGAUGAGGAAAACGAAAAAGAUACAAAAAUGGAUAGUAACGAUGACGAUGAUUAUUGUUCAACGUUGGAUAGCUAUGAAGAAUCUGAGGAUGAUGAAGAUCGUUACUAUUCUGCUAGAAUGAAAAGAGGAGGCUAUCAUGAUAUUAUGACACGUAAAAAAAGAACUAAAACUAAAAGGUACAAUUUACGUCAACGAACAUAUAAUUAUAGUGAUGUUGAAGAUACAGAACCAAUAAGUAAACAUUUACGUAAUCAAAAUAAAAAAUAG